GCAGAUUACAUUGAGGACCCACAGAUUCACUGCACGGCAAUCGGUUUGGACGUUACGGCAGGGCGGGGGACGCAUCAAAGAAGGCACACUUACACUAUAAUACGCCGAGCCCGGAGAUGUACGAGAUCUGCUCUAUUUGCGUUCACUGACAGCUCGACGUCGCUGCGCAGCAUGAAAUACCGAGCAGGGUUGGAUUCCCUUCCGCCCGACCUUCGCACUUCCUUGUCCAAGCUCUCGACGUUGUCAGUUCUAGCGAUGCAGGAAUUUGUGCCGUUCCACACGCUGCCGGACGCCCCUGCCGACUGGAACCCGUAUAGGCUAACCUUCAAUCUGGGUGAAGACGCGGACGAACCGGAUUACGACGUGUUUGUGUUUUCUCCGCCAGACGAGGCGCAGACGGAGACGGAGAUGGAAGUAUCGCCAAAGUCCUCAGCAGACUAUUACGCACCUGUAUAUGGGACGCGGAUAGUGGCGUUCCAUUUCUUCCAUGACGCACGAGGGGAGACGCAAUGCAUCCCGGCGUUUGUGACUGCACCUGACUCGCCCUCGAAGCCGCCACAAGCUGGAGCAGUCGGGGUGAAUACUGAGCGAGUCGCGAGUACGAAGAUGAAGAGGUCAAGGUUGAGCCGUCUUCGCGGCAUAUUUGCGAGGAGGAGUAAGAGCCGUGCAAAAGCAUUGUCGUGAAAAUCCUGUCAUUGGUACCCAUUUUCUGCCACCCUCCUCCCCCUCAUCCCUCACGAGGUUACAAAAUUGGCGUACAACACAUGCAUCAAUACCGCUUAAGACACGACAACUGUACCCUGCUAUUAUACCUUUCAUCUCUCAGACCUCAUCAAUGCUCCCAGUCCCUCGUCAC